AUGGCCAAAGGGAGGCGCUUCAACCCUCCUCUGGGCAAGGAAGGAACAUGGUUCCCUCACAUUGGACUAACAAAAAAGACACCAGAAUCCAUCACGAGUACCUCCUUGAAGGAAGCCCACUGUCCACAUUUGUGUCAACAAGUGGAGGGCAGGCUGCCGCCAAUAUACAAAGUCCGGGAGAAGCAAGCAGCAAACAACAGCUUCCCCUUCUCUCUGCAUGACAACCGCCACAGUUUUGAGAACUCUGGACACUUCUUUGACGCUGGCUUGGGAUGCAAGAAGAUCUCCCCAGAUAAAAGGCAACAUGCUUCUAGAAAUUUCAAUCUGUGGGCAUGUGACUAUAUCCCAUCAUGUCUGGAUGGCAUUUCAAAUAACAAAAUAUCAUAUGUAUAUAAGGAGGCUGUGGUGGUCACAGACUUCCGACGCUUCCCAAGGUAUUACAGUGAAAUGUGGAAUACUUUCAAGUUUGUUCCCAGGCCAAGCUAUACAGAGUUUUUGAUAAAGAAGUCAAAAGUAAGGGUUAGUGUCGACACCCAGGCUGUUUCUCCACAAGCGCCCUAAUCCUUCCACAAGGUUUGGGCUGUGUUUGAUAAUAUUAUUUCAUCGGACAUUUGUAAAGUAUAUAUUUCUGAUCCAACGCCAUCACUUAAUUGUUGAAAUACUUUUAUGUCUUUAAUAAGGUUAAA